AUGUCACAACCUCAAGAACCACCAGCAACUGAAGCACCACCUUUGAAUCCUCAUUUAUCUGGCAAUGUGAGCAUCUUGAAAGAAGCCUUUCCUGAAACUGAUAUUGAAGUGAUUGAAGCUGUUCUUCAAACAACGCAUGAGAACCUUGAAAGGUCUUUUGAAAUCCUUUUGAGCAUGUCAGACCCUAAUGUCAAGACAGAAGAAACACCACCUAUGCCACCUCGUCCAAACAACAGAGCACCUUAUGCUUACUUUGAACAACAAGAACCACGCAGUGUAGAAGACCAGUUACGUAUGGAUGAAGCUUAUGCUCGACAGUUACUUGAACAAGAUGAACCACGUAAGUGUAUUUGCCGUCUACCUCCAAGACGUAAUGAAGAGCAAGAGGAGGAUUCUAUUUUCAACUUCCAAGAAGAACUUCCUAUCAUUAAAGAAAAGAUGAAGGAAGCAGGCAAUGCUGCCAAAAAGAAAAUGAUGGAUCUUUAUCAUCAAUUCAAAGCAAACACACAAAAGCAACCAACAGAACAAGUCGCUGGUCCUUCUAUGCCUACUACCAAUGCUCAAUACCGCGGAUUGCCUAGUGAUGAUGGAGAUGAUCUUUUGACGGGUGAUAUCUCAGCAUUGCAUCUGUCUGACUAUGAUGUCUAUACUCAAACAGAAAGAAGACAGAGAGCACAGAGUGGUGCUAAAGUGAAUCCUCCUUUGGAUAGACCACAGAUUCAGACAUCCACUUCAGAUGCUCAAUUAAAAGCAGAUGAAGAUUUUGCUAGACAAUUAGCUCAAGAAGAAGAACAACAACUAGAACAAGCAAGAAGAUCAAGGCAGACUUCAGCUCAAGAUGAUCUUCAGGCACCCCCUAUGCCUGCUAGAAAACCAGUCAGUCCUACUGUUGUGAUUGCACCUAGAUCGCCACUUGAAAUGGAUGAUUCUGACUAUGAAGAUGUAGGGUUGACUGCUGCAACUUCAAACAAACAAACAGAAGAAAAUAACAAUGUACCUUAUGUGAUUGGUGACGAUGAUGAUGAUGAUGAUGAUUCAGAUGCUGAUGAUUUAGUGGAUAUUGAACAACAACAACAACAACAACAACAACAACAACAACAACAACAACACAGUAAGUUGCAUUCUUGUUUAAAUAUCCUAUUUAUUCUCUAUAGACACUGUCAAUAA